CCCAGUUUCUAGAUCCCUCCUGUGCAGCAGUGGCCAGCGACAGCCAACAACCCCUUGUUCUCUCUUGUGCCCCACAGUUCCCGUCUCAGAUGAGGAUUCGGACGCCAUGGUGGAUGACCCCAACGAUGAGGACUUCGUUCCCCACCGCCCCCGGCGCACCACACGCCUGUCCCUGCGCAACCAGGCAGCCCGGCGAGCUGCCCGCUCCACUGUCGCCAAGAUGUCUUGCGCCAACUGCUGGACCCCACUGCAGAAGGGCCAAACAGCCUACCAGCGCAAGGGGCUGCCCCAGCUCUUCUGCUCCAGCUCCUGCCUCACUACCUUCUCCAAGAGGCCUCUCAGCAAAAAGAGCUGCACCUUCUGCAAAAAGGAGAUCUGGAAUGCCAAGGACUCCGUGGUGGCUCAGAUUGGCUCGGGCAGCUCUUUCCACGAGUUCUGCUCUUCUGUGUGCCUCUCGUUGUACGAAGCCCAGCAGCAAAGACCGACACCACAGUCAGCAGAGGCCUCAGACACUGUCCGUUGCAGUGUGUGCUACAAGGCUGGAGAAGUGAGCGCCUUGGCUGUCUGAGGAAGUAUAGCCGGGGG